UUUACCUAAUGGCCAUAACUUAGUUCCACUAUAAAUACUAGCACAGGUUCACUCUCCACACAUAUCUAAACCAAAUUCCAAAGUUCUUUUUUAUUAGGAUGGAGCUGUUGUGGAAAACUCAUAUGAGGAUGAUUAGAACAGCUUUUGCUCUCCUUUUGAUUGCACUAUUAAGUUCAGAGAGAGUAGAGAGCAGAAAAGCCAAAGUUGUGACCACUUCCUUAGAGUACAACGCUAUCAACUGCAGAGCUCAUAGUGCUUCAUUGACUGAUUUUGGUGGUGUUGGAGAUGGAAAAACAUCCAACACAAAGGCAUUUCAAUCAGCAAUAAGUCAGCUGAGUCAGUAUGCUUCUGAAGGAGGUUCUCAACUCUAUGUUCCUGCAGGAAAAUGGCUCACCGGUAGCUUCAGUCUCACCAGUCACUUCACCCUCUAUCUGGACAAAGAUGCCGUUCUCCUUGCUUCUCAGGAUAUUACUGAAUGGCCUGUGCUUGAACCACUCCCUUCAUACGGCAGAGGAAGAGACGCACCGGCAGGAAGAUUCACAAGCCUCAUAUUUGGAACAAACCUCACUGAUGUUAUUGUCACAGGAGAAAAUGGCACCAUAGAUGGUCAGGGUGAGUUUUGGUGGCAGCAAUUUCACAGAAAAAAGUUGAAGUACACUCGUCCAUACCUGAUUGAAUUGAUGUUCUCAGACAAUAUUCAAAUCUCAAAUUUAACACUCCUCAAUUCCCCAUCAUGGAAUGUUCAUCCAGUUUAUAGCAGCAACAUUAUUGUGCAAGGCAUCACCAUUUUUGCUCCUGUCACAUCUCCAAACACUGAUGGCAUCAACCCAGAUUCUUGCACAAAUGUAAGAAUUGAAGAUUGCUACAUAGUUUCUGGGGAUGACUGUGUGGCUGUGAAGAGUGGAUGGGAUGAGUAUGGCAUAAAAUUUGGGUGGCCAACAAAACAGCUAGUGAUAAGAAGGUUAACAUGCAUUUCACCAUACAGUGCAACCAUUGCCUUGGGAAGUGAGAUGUCAGGUGGUAUACAAGAUGUGAGAGCUGAGGACAUCACAGCCAUCCAAACUGAAUCAGGGGUAAGAAUCAAGACAGCAGUGGGAAGAGGAGGUUUUGUGAAGGACAUAUAUGUGAAGAGAAUGACCUUGCAUACUAUGAAAUGGGCAUUUAAGAUGACUGGUGACUAUAACUCCCAUGCUGAUAGCCACUAUGACCCUAAUGCCUUGCCUGAGAUAAAAAACAUCAACUACAGAGAUGUUGUGGCUGAUAACGUAACCAUAGCUGCUAGGUUUCAAGGAAUCUCCAAUGAUCCAUUUACAGGAAUCUGCAUUGCCAAUGUGACUCUAAGGAUGGCAGCUAAGGCCAAAAAGCAGCCUUGGACCUGCACAGAUAUUGAAGGGAUGACAAGUGGGGUGAAUCCUCCACCUUGUGGUUUGUUACCUGAUCAGGGGCCAGAGAAGAUCACAGCAUGUGAUUUUCCAGCAGAUAGUCUUCCUAUUGACAUGCUGGAACUCAAGAAAUGUAGUACCAGCAUGACAUAUGUUGGAGAUAAGUGGUUGUUUUAGGAAUAGUCUUUCUCACAUAAUCAAGAAAACACUUCUCAAGUUAAGAGAUGGAUGGUGUUCAAAUUAUAGAAAUGAAAGGGUUUUCUUUCCUUGAUGAUGCUGUAAGUUUCAGGGUUAACAUUAAUCAAAGUUUGCUUGUUAAA